UCAACGUCAUUGUCAUAUGUUAUUCAAUAAAACUUUUUGUUUUGUUUUUUAUUCAUUACAACUGAAAAUUAAAAAUUACAAAAUUAUAAGAAUUAAAUAUCAUAUCACCCAAAACAGUUAGAAAUAUUCUUAUACUAAAAACAUCUACAUUUUAUUUUAUGAUGGUUAAAGUUUGGAAAUUGGGACUUAUGAGUUACGACACCGCCUUAAAAAUUCAAUUGGCUAUCGCUCGAAAACACUUAGAUGCAAUGAUUAAAGGAAUAGAGGCUAAUUACGAUACUCUUCUUCUCGUAGAACAUAAACCAGUUUAUACGGUUGGUAUUAGAGAUAACACUUCAAAAUCUGAUAUCUUAAAGCUUAAAGAGCUUGGUGCAGAAUUUAAAAAAACAAAUAGAGGUGGCCUUAUUACCUUCCACGGACCAGGACAACUUGUGGCAUACCCUGUUAUAAACUUGAAACAUUUUAAAACUAGUGUCAAAUGGUAUGUCCACAGCUUGGAAGAAACUGUAAUUCAAUUAUGUGAUGAAUUAGGUAUUAGAGCAAACCGAUCGCCACAUACUGGAGUAUGGGUUGAUGAUAAUAAAGUAGCAGCUAUUGGUAUACAUGCAUCACGGUAUGUCACCACUCAUGGUAUUUCUUUAAAUUGUGAUAACGACCUAUCAUGGUUCAAUCACAUAGAUCCUUGUGGGAUAAUAGAUAAAGGUGUUACCUCACUAUCCGAAGAGACUGGAGUUAAUUGUUGCAUAGAGAAAAUCACACCAAUAUUUUUAAAGCACUUUGACAAAGUUUUUGGCUGUAAAUGUGAGGAACUAGAAAUAAAUGCUCAAGAGGACAUAUUAAAUUCUGUGUAUAAUAAUUUGUUAACACAAACUGUUGUAUGAUGUUUGUAUUUCAAAUUUAGGGAAUGAUCAGCUUUAAAGUUAGUGAAGAACAAGUUAUUUAUUAAUUUAUCACAAUUUAUUUUGUUGUUGAAAUAAAAAGAAAUAUAAAUUUGUACAA